CGAACCGGAAGCGGAAAUGGGAUCUGACGUCAGAGAAGGUUGAACGAGUAGCGGCAAAGUGUCGCUAGCUUCCCAGAGGGUGAAAUGAUCCGGACAGAGUGACGCAGGAGGGAAACCGUGAGCUCUGGGCCGUGACGUCACACGAACGAAACGGUGUUGGCCGGUUUUUGCGGGUUCUGUGCGCUCGCGACCAGCGUGAACACCAACGGGAAAAACCGCAAAGCUGCGUGGAAACUAGAAGUUCUUCUAAACACGCCAUCAUCCGUCCUCACAGGAUGAGCUUCCCGGACCUCCUUUCUCCUCCUCAGUCUCCUUCACCUGCUCCCCUUCCACUUCCAUCCUCCUCAGUCAUUUGCUGCCCUGAGCUUGACCUGUCGGUCACGUCUAGCCCCGCCCCCAACCCUCUCCACACAGAGGUGAAGCCACAGACAAAGAGCGCACGCCCACAAGGAGCACCUGGAAGGAGGAAAAACUCAAAGGUGACGUUUGCAGAGCUGGACGUCGUCGCAGGAGCGCAACAGCCGUCUGUCGCUGCUGCCCUGCAGCCAGGGAGGGGGCGGAGCAAAGGCCGUCAGCAUGCCCACAGAGCUUCACCAGAACCUUCUGCAUCCAACCAAGACCCAAGCUGUCUGGAGAGGGCGGAGCUAAACACCACUCUGGCUCUGAAGGCGGAGCUUCAGUCAUUGCAGGAGGCGGAGUUUGACUCUGAGAAGGCUCUUCACGAGACUCUGCAGAAGUCCGAGAGGACCAAGAACCUGAUCAAUGCCAGAGCCACUGAAGUGGUGAACAUCUCCCGCUCUCAGCUCCUCUUCCACUCGCUGGUGAGCGUGGACGUGCAGCAGGAGCAGCUCCUCAGUCGGGUCCUGAAGGAGCGGCUGCACCUCCCCCCCACGGCCAGCUGUCCCCCCACCCCCACAGCCGAGGGGCCCACACUACUCUUCUUCAAGACCAGCAGCCUUGUUCACCAGAAGCCCCUCCCACAAGAGGAGGGGCUUCUUGACAGUAAAGCACUUCCCUCACCAUGCCCCCCCCGGUUCGCCUUUGAUCUGUACAGACGGCAGAGAUGCUGGGAGGCGGCGCCGUGACGCACAGGACGUCUGCACACCGUUUUUUAAGUCUUGUCAUUUUCAAUAAAGUUUUUAAAAUUUAAA